UUUUUUUUUCAAGUUUGUAUUGUUAAAAUUACAGUAAUGGAUUAUGGAAAGCUAUUUGUGCCUUCAAUUUACAGCAAGCCACAAUCAUCACAUCACAUCAUGAUGUCUUUACCAGAGAUCAUGGAUCAGUAUCUUUUAGACGUCCAGGUUUACUUCACAGCCACCGAAUGGGCGGAGUUCAGCAGUUAUGAAAGAAUUUGUAUCAAGAACGUCAAAGAAAACUAUGAGAUGAUGAACAAAGUUGGACUACAGGUCAAUCCACCCAAGUUCAUGCAACGUCAGCAAGAAAUGAAAAUAGAGAUCAAAGAGGAAAAUGACAGUGAGGAUGAGGAAAUGUUAGGUACGUCUGGCACUCAAGAACCCUUCCAUGUACCUGUCGAAGAUGAAAAGCCAGAUUAUAUAAAGGAGAACAAGUUACAUGAAGACAGUCCAAAUCAUGUCACUAUUAAAGUGGAGAUUGAGUAUGAUGAUGGGAAUCUGCUAAAUGCUCAUGAAAUCAAAGGAGAGGGAAUCAUUGCACUCCUUGCAAUGGAGGACUAUGAUGAAGUUGUCCAGACACAAAUCAAUCCAACAUCAUCAGGUGAUCUCAACACUCAGUCAUGUGAUCAGAAGGCCGAACAAACCUUGGCAGAAGUAACUUCAGCGGGCGAUCAGACUCACAAGCAAUCAGGCGAUCUCAACACUCAGUCAGGUCAAUUGAAGGCAGAACAAACUUUGACAGAAGUUGCUCCAGGGGGAGACCAGAUUCCCAAACAAUCAUGUGAUCUCAACACUCAGUCAUGUGAUCAGAAGAGAGAACAAACCUUGACAGAAGUAGCUUCAGGAGGCAACCAGACCCCCAAGCAAUCCCAACCAUCUUGUUCAAAAGUGGAGGGAGGAGAUGAUUGGCAGGAAACAAAGGGCUCAGAUUCUGGAAUCUACCGAUGUGAGUUUUGUGGAUCAUUCUACGUUAUUCCUCUCAUCUUAGCAAGGCAUCUCAAGUAUAAACAUGGAUUACAUGGUAUCUACAUGCGGUCGCAGGAAGGCAUUCUACAGUUUGUUGAUGGAGAAAUACAAAGAUCUCCCUGCAAAUCUAAUGACUUUAAACUUUGUGAAAAGGGGAUUUUAAAAGAAGGAAGUGAAGUAAAUAUGAUACUUGAGUGUGAGUCCAGUAUAGAUUCAUAUUUUGCAUCAUGCCAUGAAGUAAUUGAUGACGAGAAGCCCUUUGUAUGUGAUCAAUGUGGUAUGGCCUUUGAUCGAUCUGAUUGUCUCAUAUUACAUAAACAAAUUCAUACAGGUGAGUAUCCGUAUGUAUGUGAUCAAUGUGGUAAGGCAUUUAAUAAAAAACAGGGUCUCAGAAGACAUAAACAAAUCCAUACAGGUGAGAAACCACAUGUAUGUGAUCAAUGUGGUAAGGGAUUCAAUAGAAAACAGAAUCUCACAAGACACAAACUAUUCCAUACUGGUGAAAGGCCUUAUGUAUGCGAUCAAUGCGGUAAGGGAUUUAGUGAAUCUUAUGAUCUCACAAGACAUAAACUUAUCCAUACAGGUGAGAAACCGUAUGUAUGUGAUCAAUGUGGUAAGGCAUUCAAUAAAAAACGGGGUCUCAGAAGACAUAAACAAAUCCAUACAGGUGAGAAACCAUAUGUAUGUGAUCAAUGUGGUAAGGGAUUCAAUAGAAAACAGAAUCUCACAAGACACAAACUAUUCCAUACUGGUGAAAGGCCUUAUGUAUGCGAUCAAUGCGGUAAGGGAUUUAGUGAAUCUUAUGGUCUCACAAGACAUAAACUUAUCCAUACAGGUGAGAAACCGUAUGUAUGUGAUCAAUGUGGUAAGGCAUUUAAUAAAAAACAGAAUCUCGUAAAACAUAAACUAAUCCAUACAGGUGACAAGCCCUAUGUGUGUGAUCAAUGCGAUAAGGCAUUUAAAUACAAAUGGAAUCUCAGAAGUCAUAAACAUAUCCAUACAGGUGACAAGCCCUAUGUAUGUGGUCAGUGUGGUAAGGCAUUCAAUCGAAAUCAGAGUCUCAUAACACAUAAACGGAUCCAUACAGGUGAGAAUCCUUAUGUAUGCGAUGAAUGUGGUAAGGGAUUUAGUAGAUCUGGUAAUCUCACAAGACAUAAACUAAUCCAUACUGGUGAGAAGCCCUAUGUGUGUGAUCAAUGCGAUAAGGCAUUUAAUUACAAAUGGGAUCUCAAAAUUCAUAAGCAUAUCCAUACAGGUGACAAGCCCAAUGUAUGUGAUCAGUGUGGUAAGGCAUUCAUUCAAUCUCAGAGUCUCACAAGACAUAAACUGAUACAUACAGGUGGGAAUCCUUAUGUAUGUGAUCAAUGUAGUAAGGCAUAUGCUCGGCAAUCUAAUCUCACAGCACAUAAACAAAUCCAUACAGGUAAGAAACCUUAUGUAUGUGAUCAAUGUGGUAAGGAAUUUAAUAAAAUACAGAGUCUCAUAAGACAUAAACAAAUCCAUACAGGUGAGAAACCCUAUGUAUGUGAUCAAUGUGGCAAGGCAUUUAACAAAAAACAGAGUCUCAUAACACAUAAACGAAUCCAUGCAGGUGAGAAACCCAAUGUUUGUGAUCAAUGUGGUAAGGCAUUUAACAAAAGACAGUGUCUCAUAAGACAUUAUCGCAUCCAUACAGGUGAGAAACCUUAUAUAUGUGAUCAAUGUGGUAAAGCAUUUUACAAAAGACAGAGUCUCAUAAGACAUAAACGAAUCCAUACAGGUGAGAAACCGUAUGUAUGUGAUCAAUGUGGUAAGGGAUUUAAUAAAAAACAGAGUCUCGUAAGACAUAAACAAAUCCAUACAGGUGAGAAACCUUAUGUUUGUGAUCAAUGUGGAAAGGCAUUUGAAAAAAAACAGAGUCUCAUAAGACAUAAUCAAAUCCAUACCGGUGAAAGACCCUAUGUGUGUGACCAAUGCGAUAAGGCAUUUAAAUACAAAUGGAAUCUCAGAAUUCAUAAACAAAUCCAUACAGGUGACAAGCCCUAUGUAUGUGAUCAAUGUGGAAUGGUAUUUACCAGAUCUUAUGAUCUUACAGCACAUAAACUAAUCCAUACAGGUGGGAAUCCUUAUGUAUGUGAUCAAUGUGGUAAGGCAUAUGCUCAGCAAUCCAAUCUGACAGCACAUAAACUAAUCCAUACGUGUGAUAAUCCUUAUGUAUGUGAUGAAUGUGGUGAGGCAUAUGCUCAGCAAUCUAAUCUCACAGCACAUAAACAAAUCCAUAGAGGUGAGAAACCUUAUGUAUGUGAACAAUGUGGUCAGGAAUUUAUUCAAGCUAGUGACCUCAAAACUCAUGAAUUCGUACAUACUGGUGAGAAGCUCCAUGUGUGUGAUCAAUGUGGCAAGGCAUUUACUCAAUUUAACCAUCUCACUAGACAUAUACAAAUCCAUACCGGUAAGAAGCCCUAUGUAUGUGAUGAGUGUGAAAGGGCUUUUACCAGAUCUUAUGGUCUAACAGCACAUAAACGAAUCCAUACAGGUGAGAAACUGUAUGUAUGUGAUCAAUGUGGUAAGGCAUUUAUUCAAGCUAGUGACCUCGAAAGACAUAAACGAAUCCAUACAGGUGCUACAAAACCUUAUGUAUGUGAUCAGUUUGGUAAUGCAUUUAAUUAAAUUGAUAGUGUGGGCGAUACAUAAACAAAUCCAUGGCAUACAAUUGAGAAACAGUAUGUGUGUGAUCAAUGUGGUAGGGCAUUCAAUCAAGAACAGAGUCUCACAACACAUAAACUGAUCUAUACAGGUGAGAAACCCUAUGUAUGUAAUCAGUGUGGUAAGGCAUUUUAUAAAUAUAGGGAUUUCAGAAGGCAUGAAUUAUUCCAUACAGAUGAGAAACCCUAUGUAUGUGUUUGAUAAAUGUGGUAAGGCAUUUAACCCUAAAUAGACUGGGCUAUUUCGACGCCUAAGAAGA